AUGGUUUCAAAGAUGUUGUCUCUAACUCUUACAUUUAUGAUGGUCGUACAUAUUCAUGGCUACGACCAUGCAUUUUCGUCGAAUCACAUAUCGCGUCACGAUGGACAUCAUCACAUAGUACACCAUGAACACGGCCACGAACAUGAUUAUCACUCUCACCCAAAAUAUGAGUUUGAGUACAAAGUAGAGGAUCAUCAUACGGGCGACAUUAAGUCGCAGCACGAGCACCGCGACGGUGAUGUCGUGAAGGGUGGCUACGCGCUGCACCAGCCCGAUGGUUCCGUCAGACACGUCGAAUAUCAUGCUGACGAUCACAGCGGGUAA